AUGUCGGUGGCCUUCGCGUCCGCCCGGCCGAGAGGCAAAGGGGAGGUCACGCAGCAGACUAUCCAGAAGAUGCUGGAUGAGAACCACCACCUGAUUCAGUGCAUCCUGGACCAUCAGAGCAAGGGCAAGACGGCCGAGUGUGCCCAGUACCAGCAGAUUCUGCACCGGAACCUGGUCUACCUGGCCACGAUUGCGGACUCCAACCAGAAUAUGCAGUCCCUGCUGCCCGCCCCGCCCACCCAGAACAUGAACCUGGGCCCCGGAGCGCUGUCCCAGAGCGGCGGCAGCCAGGGUCUGCAUUCCCAGGGCAGCCUCAGUGACGCCAUCAGCACUGGCCUGCCCCCCGCCUCCCUCAUGCAGGGCCAGAUCGGCAACGGUCCGAACCAUGUGACCUUGCAGCAGACAGCACAGAGCACACUGCCCACAACCUCCAUGAGCAUGUCCGGCAGCGGCCAUGGCUCGGGGCCCGGCUACAGCCACUCCGGACCCGCCUCACAGAGCGUGCCCCUGCAGGGCCAAGGUGCCAUCAGCAACUACGUGUCACGGGCCAACAUCAACAUGCAGUCCAACCCAGUGUCCAUGAUGCAUCAGCAGGCUGCCUCGUCCCACUACAACUCGGCGCAGGGCGGGAGCCAGCACUACCAGGGCCAGCCCAUCGCCAUGAUGGGCCAGAGCGGGCAGGGGAGCAGCAUGAUGGGACAGCGGCCCAUGGCACCUUACCGGCCCUCCCAGCAAGGCUCGUCGCAGCAGUACCUGGGCCAGGAGGAGUACUACGGGAGCGAGCAGUACGGCCAUGGCCAGGCGGCCUCGGAGCCGCUCAGCCAGCAGUACUACGCUGAUGGGCACAGCGAUUAUGCCUAUCAGCAGACGUCCUACUCAGAGCAGAGCUACGACCGGUCCUUCGAGGAGUCCACGCAGCACUACUAUGAGGGCGGGAACUCCCAGUACAGCCAGCAGCAGGCGGGCUACCAGCAGGGCACAGCCCAGCAGCAGGCAGGGUACCAGCAGCAGUACCCGAAUCAGCAGAGCUACCCGGGCCAGCAGCCAGGCUACGGGCCGGCCCAGGGAGCCCCCUCACAGUAUUCCAGCUACCAGCAAGGACAAGGCCAACAGUACGGGAGCUAUAGGACGUCGCAGACUGGCCCGUCCGCGCAGCAGCAGCGGCCGUACGGCUAUGAGCAGGGCCAGUAUGGGAAUUACCAGCAGUAA